CUCUUUCCUGCAUCCCGCUCCUCCAAGGCCCCUUCCGUCUGUCCUUUGCCCACCCGGAUCUCCUGCUCCAUCAUGUUCAAGGCUCUGUUCCGCCCCGCUCCCUUCGUCGCCCGAUUCGUCUCGGCACGCACCUUCACCUCCACCGGCGCUGCCCUGGCCCCCAAGCGUAUCUUUGUCGCCAACAUUCCCUGGAAGGUUAGCCACGAGGAGCUUGGUUUCAUCGCCGAGCAGUCUGGCGGCCGAGUUACCGACUCCCAUAUCGUCAAGGACCGUGACACCGGCCGAUCCCGCGGCUUUGGCUUCAUCGAGGUCGACGAGACUGAUCUGGAAAAGGUCAUCAAGCACCUUGACGGCCUCGAGGUUGAGGGCCGCGCCCUGAAGGCCAACGAGGCUCUUCCCCGACCCGAGCGCUCUACCCAGUUCUCCCGCAACCAGUAGAUCUGAACGCCCCUGAUCCCAAAGCCGGCCAUCGAAUAUACUGAGCCGCAUUCUUGUACUUGCUCUCGUACAACUCUGCCGUUAUUGGAUCACUUCUGGCUCGCCUCUCGGUCACAGCCAUCGCCAUCGCCAUUGCGCUUCUACUGUCAUCCGCCACCCUUCCCUUGCCAUUCCGCUCCCUCUUGGUUUCAUGCUCUGCAAUUCAUCAUCGCUCCUGUAGAUAUCGAUAAGCAAUCAUGAAUUUCUUGCCCCUAAUACACGAACAAUAACCAGA